AUGGGUCGCGGAAAGAAACGUGGUCGAGGAGGUGGUGAUCGCGGUGGCGGUGAUGGUGGUGGGCGAGGCGGAGGUGACCGAGGAAACCGUGGAGGGGGAGAUCGUGGGGGUCGAGGAGGCGGUGGUUUUAACAGAGGCGAUCGAGGUGGAGGAGAUCAUGGAGGUGGUGGUAAUAACAGAGGAUUCGAUCGAGGCAGCCACCACAGCACCAGAGGCGGACGAGUUGAAAAGCACGGCCAACAACAAGGCAACACUCAGAAGUACUGCAAGAACUGCAAAACGACUACACAUAACACAGCCGAUUGUCGAAACACUCAAAACAACUCAAACAACCAGAAGAACCAAAAUAAUCAGAAUAACCAAGCCAACUCCAAUAGACAUAAUCAAGCGCAACCCCAAGGGUCCAUCUAUUGCAAGAUAUGCAAAAAGAAAGGAAACCAUACCACCGCCGAUUGCAAAACCUCAAAGCCGCAGAAAAAUCUCCAACGUCCAUGUUCUACCUGUCUAGGUUGGCACAAAGAUGCUGAAUGUACCGCGCAGAGCGGGAGAUUGCCGGACGGCUCGCCGAUUGUAUGUCGAAAUUGCCAAGGACCACACUAUGCAUCGCAGUGUCCGCAGCAACACGGCAAGAACAGAGGUGGUGGAGGUGAAGUUCUGACGAUGAGCGGCUACGUACUGAGACCUUGUAUGUUUUGCAAUCAGAAUCACCUCCCAACAGCUUGCCCACAAGCGCGAACGCUAGGUCCAGCAGGACUAGAUGUGCAGCCGCCGAACGUAAGCGUGUAUCCUCGCGGCGGCAAUGGGUAUAUCAAGAAGAAGUCGCGCUGGGAAGAUGAUUCGCCGGUUGAGAAGAGAGCAUUUGACGCUGAGCAAGUGCAUUAUAAUCAUCUCCAUGAAGGACAUGCAGCGUAUCAUACCAGGUCCUAUACGCAGCGUCAGUUGAGUCUUGGGAAUGAGCAAUUUGCUUGGGCAGGCGGGUUGGGGAGGGAGUAUCAUAGGAAGAUGAGUAGAGAGGGAGAUGGUGAUGUGAAGAUGAGUGAUUUGGAAGAGUGCGAGGAUUGUGAUGAUGAGGGUAUGUGUGCGCAGCAUUGGCGUGGGAGGUGA